AUGCGUGACCAGAUAAUUUUAGUCGUCAUUCUCGACGAUAUCGUCGUGUAUAGCGACAACUUACAAGAUCAUGUGGAUCAUUUGAGACAGGUGUUCCAGGUCUUACGAGAGAACAAGCUUUAUGUGAAGCAAGAGAAGUGCUCGUUCGGUCAGGAGGUGGUGUCAUUUUUUGGACACCAUAUUAAAGCCGAAAAGAUAAUGAUGGAGCAUGAUAAGGUGCAAGCCAUUAGGGAGUGGGAGGAGCCCAAGAAUGUGUCAGAGCUGCGUUCUUUCCUUGGGCUUUCCAACUAUUAUAGGCGGUUCAAUAUGAGCUAUUCAGCACGGGCAGCACCAUUGAAUGAUCUGCUGAAGAAGAAGGCACAAUGGUGUUGGAGCGACAAAUGUCAAGAGGCCUUUGAUGUUUCGAAGGAUGCCGUCACCAAAGAGCCCACGUUAGCACUGCCCGACUACUCAAAGCCAUUUGAGCUAUACACUAAUGCCUCAAACUUUGCUAUCGAAGGUGUUCUUAUGCAAGAAGCAUCCAGUGGUCUAUGA